GACUUGGUGCAGGAUUUACAGGGUAAAGCCAGUAAAUUCAGAAAUCCUGUUUUAUGUAAAGCUGAGUGAAAAGUCUUCCCAGGAGAAGGGGGAAUUGCUGUUUCAUUCUGAAUCAGUGCAUGGGCACGGAACUCAUCAUCAACAAGAGAAACCACAUCAGCAAAUGGAUAACCAGCUCCAUCCCAAGAAAGUUCGAGGGUUUUGUUCCUUUCGCUAUGGCCUGGCUGUCCUUCUGCACUUCUGCAACGUUGUAAUAGCGGCCCAGCGCGUAUGUCUGAACCUUACGAUGGUAGCCAUGGUGAAUAGGACAGAUCCUCAGGAUUUGACAAACACAUCUGCAAAAACAGAGAUGGAUUAUGUAAAGAAUCCUGUAUAUAACUGGAGUCCUGACAUCCAGGGCAUCAUCUUCAGUUCCAUCUUCUAUGGUAUACUCGCUAUCCAAAUUCCUGUUGGAUACUUGUCUGGAAUAUACUCUAUAAAGAAAAUGGUUGGCUCUGCAUUGUUCCUCAGCUCUGUGCUCUCCCUGUUCAUUCCACGAGCAGCUCAAGUUGGCAAGACUUUGAUUAUUGUGUGUCGAGUAGCCCAGGGGAUGGCCCAGGGGACAGUAUCAACAGCCCAGCAUGAAAUGUGGAUUAAGUGGGCUCCUCCCUUGGAACGAGGCCGACUUACCUCUAUUUGUUUAUCAGGGUUCAUGUUGGCACCCUUCAUUGUUUUGCUUGUGUCUGGAUUCAUCUGUGAUCUUCUGGGCUGGCCCAUGGUAUUCUACAUUUUUGGUGCUUAUGGCUGUGUUCUCUGUCUUAUCUGGUUCGUUCUGGUUUAUGAUGACCCCAAGGAUCACCCAUGUAUAAGUGUAAAUGAAAAAGAAUACAUCAUAUCUUCCCUCGCCCAGCAGGCCAGCUCAAGUAGACAAUCUCUGCCAAUCAAGGCUAUGCUUAAGUCUCUUCCACUCUGGGCCAUAUCCUUGAAUGGAUUUGCUUUCUUAUGGACAAAUACCCUCUUGGUUACAUACACUCCAACAUUUAUCAACACCAAGCUUCAUGUUGAUAUAAAACAGAAUGGGCUGCUGUCUGGCCUCCCCUAUUUGUUUGCCUGCAUCUGUGGUCUCCUAGCAGGUCAGAUGUCAGACUACUUUCUGUCCAGGAAUAUUUUCAACAUACUUACCAUCCGGAAACUCUUCACUACACUAGGACUUAUUUCUCCUGUGAUCUUCAGUAUGUGCCUCCUUUACCUGAGUUUCAACUUUUAUAGCACUGUCAUUUUCCUGACACUGGCUAAUGCCACAACCAGUUUUUGCUUAGGUGGAGGACUUAUAAAUGCUUUGGAUAUUGCACCAAGGUAUUAUGGAUUUCUUAAAGCAGUUACAUCUGUGAUUGGAAUGAUAGGAGGCAUAAGUUGUUCUACUGUGACUGGAUUGAUCCUUAGCCAAGAUCCAGAAUUUUCCUGGCACAAAAUCUUCUUCCUGAUGGCAGGCAUUAAUGUGACAAGCAUAACUUUCUACCUUAUAUUUGCUAAAGGAGAAAUUCAAGAGUGGGCCACAGAAAGGCAAAAUACUAGACUUUAAAGGGUAAAGCUAAGGAUAUGAUAAGCCUGGGACCUACCUUUUUAUAUACUGAAAGAGUGACUCCCUUAGGUGAAUGGAGCUGCAGGAACGCCACCAGCUCCAGGAAGAAGGCCCCCUGAGGAGCCCAAAGGAUCCAAUCUCAUCUCCUUCACACCCUUUGCACUUCUCUUUCCUUACAUGUGUUGUUUGUAACAAGUUACAUGUCUGAAUUUUU